AUGCGAUCACCACUGCUGCGAGGGCUGAUGCCCACUCUCACCUACCUGGAUGUCAAGGGCCUUGGCGAGCCAAUCCGCUUGACGCUUUUCGUUGGCAAUGUGCCCUUCGAGGACAAGCGCGUCAGUUAUGAGGAGGUCGCAGAGCUGAACAACAAGGGCAAGCUGCCCUUUGGUCAGGUCCCGGUGCUGGAGCUGGACGGUGAGACCUACGCUCAGAGCGGCGCCCUCCUCCGCUGGGCGGGCCGGCAGGCGGGGCUCUACCCGGAAGAGCCGGAGCUCCAACUGCGGUGCGAAGCAGUGGAGGAGGCACUCACGGACAUGAAGAAGGUGCUGGUGCCCGUUUGGUAUGGGUCAAUCUUGGGGCGGAACCCCAUCACCAAGGAGCAAUUGGUGACGCUGCCUGAGGAAACGAUCCAACAGGUGAUCAAGAACCUGAAUGAGAUUGUGCUGCCAGCUCGCUUCGGCCAGCUCGAGCAGUUUCUGGCGACAAGGCCAUACUUCUGUGGGGAGAGGAUGUCCAUUUGCGACAUUAGCUUCUAUGUCUACGCCUCGGGCCUCAUGGAAGGGACCUACGCGAAGGGCAUCCGACCAGAGCUGCGACAAAUCCAAGAGCUGUCGGCCGGAGAAGCCACUGAAGCCAUGGCAGACAGCAAGCUGGAGCACUUUGCCAUCACGCGGAACAAGAUCGUGGUGGCAGGCUCGCUGGUGCUGGGCGUCACGGCCGUCUUGGACCUCCUGCGCCGCAAGAGCCGUCCCAAGGGUCAGCCGCUGCCGGUGCCGCCAGGCUGGUGGCCAAUUGUGGGGCACUUUGCGACAUGCAUGAGAUACUGCUGGGAGAACAGCAACCUCGCCUUCACCAAGUGGGGCCUCGACCUGCAGCGCCGGAAAGGCAUGAAGAUCUUCGAGUGCAGCUUCGUUGGCAGUCGGAUCGUCCUCGUCCAAGACGCCGACCUGGUCCAGGAGAUCUUCACAAACGACCCGGAGAGGUUCACCAAAGACUUCUCCGACGCCCCGUUGGGCGGCGACCUCCUGGAGCACUCCUUCAGGGAUGGGCUCUUUACAGCAGCCACCGACGACGUCAAGUGGCAGGUUGCGCACCGGGUGCUGAUCCAGCCGUUCUCGGUCCGAGGUGUUCGCGGCGUCAUGCCGCUCAUGUGCGAGCAAGCGGACCAGCUGAUGAAGGCCAUGAAGCGAGACGUGGGCUACGGUGGGACCACCUACAUCGACACCUGGGUGACCAAGAUGGCCUUCGAGACCAUUGCAGUGUGCGGUCUCGGAGUGUCUUUUGGUUGCUUCGAGGAUGACAAAACACACCCGUUCGUGCAGGCCCUCAACGAGGUAAUUCAGUGCUUCGACCCAGUGGGGCGCUGGCCUGUCUUUCUGCGUCCCAUUUUCGUCAGAGAGAAGCUGCGGAAGUACAUGGACGGCUCUCGUUACCUGCGAGAAUAUUGUGUGGACAUCAUCAAGAAGCGUCGGCAGGAGGGGCAGCAGGAGAAGAAGGACCUCAUCGACCGGAUGCUCUUUGACGUGGACGCAAAGACUGGUAAAAAGAUGUCAGAGGAGUCGAUUGUUGACAACCUGUUGACGUUUCUCUUGGCCGGGCAAGACUCCACAGCGGCUGCAAUGGCAUCGUGCCUGUGCUACCUUUGCGACAACCCAGAGUGCAAGGAGAAGCUGUUGAGGGAGAUCGACGAGGUGGUGGGCCAGGGUGAGGUGGCCUGGGAACACCUCGGCAAGCUGCAGUACCUGGACUGGUGCAUCAAGGAGACCUUGCGUUUGAUGCCUCCGGCCGCGGCCACCAUCCGGCAGUCCACGAAGGACCAGCUGCUGGGGUCCUUCUUCGUGCCCAAGAAGGUGACUGUGCUGGUCAACAUGGUGGCACUGCACUACGAUACAGAUCUUUGGGGGAAGGACGCUGACAGCUUCAAGCCAGAACGCUGGGAGAAAGGGCAGCCGCACAAGUUUGCCUACCUCCCCUUCGCCUUUGGACCCCGUGCCUGCAUUGGCCGGGAAUUCACCCUGAUGGAGCAGAAGGUGACCAUGGUCAAGCUCUUCCAGAACUUUGAUGUUGAGCCUGUCCCGACGGAGAAGGUGGAGGGCUACACCACGCUCAAGGCGAACGACAGCCUGCCGCCCUUCCUUGGAUUCCCCACGCAAGCCAAGAAGGACAGUGCCUUUGUCGGGGUCUACAGCAACUUCAAGCUCUUGCCACGCGCGCAGGCUGCCUGA